CUCAGUUUUGGUAGAGAUUGAUAAUCACUCAUUUUGAGUGAUUGUUGGUGGGCCCAAAAAAAUAUAAUAUAUGUACUCUAUCACAAAUUUAUUUAAAAAGAUGACUUAAUUUAGACAUUACAUGCAUUAGUUGAAUACAUCGCUUGAAAUCACAACCUCCAAACAACCCUUCUAACUGUAUAAGAAUAGUUAAAAGUCCUCUCGUGCUUUGGACUCUCUCCUCCCUGCCCAACAUAGGCCCAUCCAACCCAGUCAUGGAUGAAAGUGGGCCCGUUCCCACCUCCUUGUUAUUUUAUGGCCCGGGCCAUAAUUUUGUAGCCCAAGUUUCCAGUCUUUCCCCUUUGACGUUUAUGCGUCUUCCAAUGCCUGUCGUUUGGACCAAAACGCAGAAGCAGGUACCACUUUUCCCCUCUCUCUUCUACUUCCCUUUUGUCCAUCGCCUCUUGCCGUCUUUUCUUGAGAUCAGCUUCAACCUUGGGCCUCGCCGGCGAUUGGAACACCACCGCGUCCCAUUUCAAUCCACUGCGAAAUUAAACCGGCGGUUGGUAAUUUCCUUCUCUUUACCCCCAAUAACUCUCUGCUUUGAUUGGGAAUUCAAUCUGAUCUGAUUUACAGCCUCAUCGGAUGCAGCUUACCGUGAGGAAGCUCCUCGACUGGAUCCGCAAGACAGGAGAGUCCUUCGCCCUUCCCGCUUCUUUCUCCAUAGAGUUCCAAUUGGGUUCCAGGAAAGCCUCUGUCUUUACAGUAGUGUUAAGCCCAAGUAAGUAGUGAACUUCAAUUACUGCUCUAACAGCUCAGUAGAUCCGUAUACUGUUCACUUCAGUGAUGCUUUCCUUAAUCUGCAUUAGUGGGUGUGUGAAUUUCAUAUUGAUUGGAGAUUUUGUAGAUUAUAAGUUACAAUGCAGAUCGGGUAGCUUGAAAGGUUUAAUGUUACCUGUGCUAAUGAAUGCUAGCGGCUUUCUUGUUUUUGUUAUUUCAGAAGUUCCUUUUCCGUCUUGAUCUGUGACAUGAUAUUAUGCUUCAGGUACUUGAUGGCGGGUUACAAUCCACCGAGGUGGUGCUAGCCCUGUCAUGAUCUUGCAACAAGAAAUCAACAGACCAACCAGUAUCUUACUAUUUUGAAUAUGAUUCCCAAGAGCAAUGCGCCUACUAUGUUUGCAAUCAGACGGACUCAACUUCCGUGGUGUUCCGUUGUCUCUAUCUUCCUCGCCUUCGUAACUGUUUCCCUUUUCUCUAUUUUCUUCCACUUUUACUCAACCCCAUCCCAGCCCCAGCUGUUUCUGGAAUCACAAACCCAUUUUAACACUGCCCAAACAUCCCUCAAAGUCUAUGUAGUAAACCUGCCUAGAUCUCUCAACUAUGGUCUCUUGGAGAAAUAUUGGGCUUCCUCUGUACCUGAUGCACGCAUUAGCUCUGAUCCGGAUCACCCCAAGGACCAAACGAAGACCGUGUCUUUCCACAAAGGCACAAAAUUUCCUCCAUAUCCGGAGAAUCCAGUAAUCAAACAAUACAGUGCUGAGUACUGGCUCUUGGGGGACUUGAUGACACCAGAAGCUUCAAGGACAAACUCAUUCGUCAAAAGGGUGUUUGACGAGAGCAAGGCUGAUGUCUUCUUUGUGCCCUUCUUUGCCACAUUGAGUGCUGAAAUGGAGCUUGCAAGGGGGAAGGGCACGUUUAAGAAGAAGGAAGGCAAUGAGGAUUACCAAAGGCAGAAGGAGACACUUGAUUUUGUUACGAAAUCAGAGGCAUGGAAGCGGUCUGGGGGUAGAGAUCAUGUUUUCAUUAUUACAGGGUAUUGCAGACCCAGUAGCUAUGUGGCAUGUGAAAGCCGAGAUAGCCCCCGCUGUUCUCCUGGUUGUUGAUUUUGGUGGCUGGUACAGGCUUGACAGGAAAUCAUCAAAUGGCAGCUUGACAGAGCGGGUUCAGCAUACUCAAGUUUCUCUUAUCAAAGAUGUGAUAGUUCCUUACACACAUCUACUUCCUCCAUUGCCCUUAUCUGAAAAUACGAAGCGUCACACUCUCCUAUAUUUCAAAGGAGCCAAGCAUCGGCAAAGGGGAGGCAUAAUUCGAGAAAAAUUGUGGGAGUUGCUGGUUAACGAGCCUGGGGUAAUUAUGGAAGAAGGCUUUCCUAAUGCAACCGGAAGGGAGCAAUCAAUCAGAGGGAUGAGAACAUCAGAGUUCUGUCUUCACCCAGCCGGAGACACCCCAACUUCUUGCCGGCUUUUCGACGCCAUCCAAAGCCUAUGCAUACCGGUCAUUGUCAGCGACAGCAUCGAGCUUCCAUUCGAAGGGAUGGUGGAUUACUCCGAAUUCUCCGUCUUUGUAGCAACCAGCGACGCCUUGACGCCAAACUGGCUCCUGCGGCACCUGCAAAGCAUCUCCGAGAGACAGAAGGCCAGAUUUCGUCAGAAGAUGUCUAUGGUUCAGCCGAUGUUUUGGUUCGACAAUGGCCAACCUGGUGGCAUCGGACCUGUUCACCCGGACGGUGCGGUGAACCAAAUAUGGAGAAAGGUGCACCAAAAGUUACCCAUGAUUAAGGAAGCCAUUGUUAGGGAGAAGAGGAGACCGCCCGGUGUCUCUGUACCUUUGCGUUGUCAAUGUACUUAGAUUGAAUUGCCUUCACAAGCUAGGUACUACUGAAUACUGAUACUUUUGUAAUGUGCGGUACUUCCUGGAUUUUGAUGAAAUGGUCUAGCUUGCGACUUGCUGGCCAUGAGGUUUUGUAUUCUUCCAUUCGCUAUUGCAACAAGUAUAGAUCUUGUUUACAUGAUCGAUGAGGAACCUCUUACAAACAAUGGUUCUAUAACAUUUUUUCACAUCCCUUAUACGAGUUCCGUAGGCAGAACCAUCAGAUAGAACCAUAUCCCUUUCAACAAGCACUGCAAAAAGCUGUAUUAUUAAAAAGAGCAAAGCGUCCAGUUGCCGGCAACAAACAGAGCAAACGCAGAAGGCAAAAGACGAACCUCCGCCGCCGCCGCCGCAGCAGCUCACCGACUGCGUUUUCCCUCGCGCAAAAGCGUAUCGCUGCAUUCUGUUGUUUGGGUAAUGUAGUCGUAAAGAUAAAGUUGUGUACUUGCU